AUGCCGUCGUUUUACUCUGCCGUACUUGCCUUGUCGUCAUUGGCAGUCCCAGCUUCAGCAUGGCUCACCAAUAGCCCAUCACAUCAUGCUCAUGCUGCCGCCAAGCUCAGCAUUAUGUCUGCAAGCAAUAUUGUGCUCGGUCCCUCGGAAGACCCAACUGCCUUUGAUUCUCUCAAAAUUGGGAGUGCCAAGGUUCACAGGUAUAGCAAAGACACCGACCCUGAUAGUCAAACUGAAUAUGUCAUGUGGUAUCAUGGCAGAUCCGAAGAGCUAGAUGCCGACAAAACGCUCCCUCCUCUUAGUACUGGACGAAUUGGGCGCGCCACUAGUCGCAAUGGAUUGCAUUGGGUCAAAGAUACCCAGGGAAGUGAAUCGGAAGAUAUGACAGGAGUGAGUAUUGGACUCAACAAAGAAUCAUGGUGGGGAUUUGAUACCGCGCAUUGUGGCCUGGGAAGUGUACUAUUGCCCAUGUCAACUCCUGCUGUGCUGAUGGAUGGUGGAGUAUACAUGCAGUAUUACUUUGGAGGAUCCUUUGAUGAAGCUCCUAUUGCAGACUUCUUGGAAAACACACCCGAUGCCAUGAAGGAUGCCACCAUCAAGGGUAUGAAAAUGAAAAUUGGUGUGGCCGUUUCACAAGAUGGGGUUUCGUGGGGUCGAGUCGAAGGUGAUGAUCCAUCAGGUGCCUGUGUAGUGCCCUUUGAUAACAACGAUCCCAACCAAGAACAAUCUAACUUUGAAGAAGAAUUGUAUUGUGGUUGGCCCGAAGUGGUGGUUUCACUCCAAAAGAAAAAGGCAUUCUUAAUGUGUUACAGUACCAUGCUCAAGGAUAGCAAGCAAAAAUGCAUUGCUGCCGCUCAAUCUCCUGAUGGUUUCCGCUGGAUCAAAGAGGGAGUUUGCUUGAGACCGGAUGAAGAAGGUCCUGAUGCGGGAGGUUGUGCUAGAUGUUGCGUGGUGAAAGACGCUGAAUUUGAUGGAACAUCCUGGAACGAACUUGCUUCCUUUACCAUGUACUACGAAGGCGUCUCCAAAGAAGACAACAAGCACCGCAUCAUGAUGGCGAAGAGCAAAGAUGGCAAAACUUGGAACAAAGAAGGAUUGGUCUUUGACAUUGGUUCAGAUGACUCGUGGGAUUCGGAGGGCGUCGGAGCUCCACAUGUGAUCAGAAUGGACGAUGGAACGCAACGCAUGUAUUACACCGGACAAGGCAAAGGAGGCACAACAGCAAUUGGUGCUGCCACGCUAUCUGAAGCUAACAUGUUUGUACGAGAACAAGCAGCAGUCACUUUUGCAUAA